CUUGAUUUUCUCCCAUUUUUUAUAUAUCAAUAAUUGAAUUGCAUUGCAUUUCACAACUCAACCAAAACCAAAAAAAAAAAAAAAAAGAUAAUAGUGAAAUAAAAAAGAAGAAGAAAAAGCACCAACUUUCUCCCUUUUUCUUCUUCUUCUUCUUCUUCAUCUUCAAUCUAGGUUUUUAUCAACCUAAUUCUCGUGAUUUUAACAAAUUACCACUCAGAUCAGUGACAUCUAUAACCAACUCAGAAAAAACAACAAAAAAACAAAUCAAAACUUUAAGAAAACUAAGAGAUUGAUGAUAGUCUCGUAUUCAUUAAUUAAACUCAAUUGAAGUGAUUUCAAAGGAAAACUUGUUCAUAGUUUUUGAGAUACAACUUAAGCUAUUAGAUUUUGAAUUAAUUUUACAAGUUUCUUGGAUCUCCGAGCAUGACCGGGAACCAAGAGCAGUUUGAGAUCAAGUUUAGGUUGACGGAUGGUUCUGAUAUCGGCCCCAAAAGUUUUCCUGCCGCUACUAGUAUUGCAACAUUGAAAGAAAGUAUUCUUGCUCAAUGGCCAAAAGAUAAGGAGAAUGUGCCAAGGACUAUAAAAGAUUUGAAGUUAAUUAGCGCAGGAAAAAUAUUGGAGAACAACAAAACAGUUGGUGAAUGCCAGAGCCAGAGCCCUUUAUGUGAUACCCCUGGUACUGUUACAACAAUGCAUGUGGUUGUGCAACCACCUACUACAGACAAAGAUAAGAAAGCAGCGAACGAUGCAGCACAUCACAAAUGUGGUUGUGUUAUUUUAUAGCAUCAAGGUAGAAUAGCAAAUGUCGUCAUCAUUUUCCGUAGGUGUUUACGGUUAGAGACACUUCGUUUUCACGUAAUCUAUGGCUUUCAAAGACUUCCUCAUACACAAAUUAUUCGGCUGCAUGCCUCAUAUUGUUACUACAUCCAAAGAGUACUUGACUUGGUGGGGAUAUUGUGAAUCUAGUGGUUCAAAAAUCUUAUACAAUUUUCACAGGAGUUGUUUUUCUUUUGGCCAUCGCCUUCAUCGGCCAAUUUAUGAAAAUGAACUCUCUACAAGUUUACCAUUUGUUGUACUGUAUCUGAUGUGUUGUAUUUUGACAUUCUUGUUAUACCUGUGCGUGAUGCAAAAUGUUUGUAGACUUAAAUGUGUUGAAUAUUUGAAUGUGCUUUGUUUUGCUUAUUGUUUAUAUUGUAUUAUUGUUGCUACUCUUGUAUAGUAACUUUUUCUCUAUUAUGAAACGGAUGUCUUAUUUUUUGUUUGGAAAA